AUGUGCUCGGACCUGGACGCGGCGCCGGAGCGCGACGAGCUGGACUUCGAGUUCCUGGGCAACCGGACCGGCGAGCCGUACAUCAUCCAGACGAACGUGUACCGGAGCGGCGUGGGCGGGCGGGAGAUGCGGCACUCGCUGUGGUUCGACCCCACCGCCGAGUUCCACAGCUACUCCAUCCUCUGGAACCCCAAGCAGAUCGUGUUUUUCGUGGACAAGGUGCCCAUCAGGGAGUACCGCAACUCGGACAAGCCCAACAGGUUCUUCCCGAUCAUGAAGCCCAUGUACGUCUUCUCCAGCAUCUGGAACGCCGACGACUGGGCCACGCGCGGGGGCCUGGAGAAGACGGACUGGACCAAGGGGCCCUUCGUCUCCUCCUACAGCGACUUCACCGCCGACGCCUGCGCCUGGGCGGCCGGCCCGGCCCCGCCGGCGUGCGCGGCCGCCACGGGGGACAGCUGGUGGGACCAGCCGCCGGCGUGGGCGCUCGACGACGGCCAGCGCCGGGACUCCGGCUGGGUGGCCAGGAACCUCGUCAUAUACGACUACUGCGACGACCGCAAGAGGUUCCCGGCCGUGCCGGAGGAGUGCGCGCUCAGGACCAAGACCAGCUAG